AUUGCGCGCAAUUAGAAGCCGACAUUUUACAUCCUCCCACCGAAUCGUUGGUCAUCCUCGCUAAUAAGGAAAUACAUCUGAAGAAGCAGUGUCCCCAUGCUCUCAUAUUUGUGUGUGGCCCUAGACAAUUUAUGGUCUGGACAAUGACGCAGCCCAUAAGACUGAGAAUCAUCCUUGGUGAAAAUGAUGCGAGGAAGCUUAUUCUGCCAGCAGGGAUACCAGACUCCAUAGAGGAAUUGUGCCAGACAAUAAAGACGAGUUUUGGAUUGCAACAAGAUUUUCGGCUUCAGUAUCAGGAUGCUGAUUUUGGAAAUGAGUUCAUCAACCUUUCCGUGAUCUCCGAAGUAGUUGACAAAGCAACCAUUAAGGUGAUCCUUUUGCAAAGUUUUACUGAAGAUGAUGCAGUGAUAGGUCAAGCAGCCCAGGGCCUAACAUAUUCCUCAUCAGUCUCCUCGGUUGACACAGAUGAGACAGAGCCUGUUUCUUCAGAUUCGUCCUCAUCUUCAAGGCAGUGGGUUUGGCCAAGUGUUUUCCCAGUCCCUUCUUUCAGCUAUGAUGCUGAACUGCAACUUGAAAAGGCCAAUGCUGAGUACAAUGCCAGUGGAAUCCGCUUGAGCCCCUCACCAAAACUGAAGUCUGCCAUUUUGCAAAGACUGUCAGAAGAAAUUAUUAAAUUCAAAGCCUACCCAACUGACCUUGAUCUAAAUGAUGUUGCAGAAGCCCUUGUGAAAAAGCAUCCUUGCCUGUGGGAGCAGGGAUCCUUUAAUGGCUGUUAUGGGUGGAAGAUUAGCCUUAAGUAUAAAAUGGCCAACUUCCGGACAACUCUAAGAGGCCUCGGAUGUGCUGAGGUGACAAUAAAUUCUCUGAAGAACAAGCCCAAAGACAGAUGUGUUCCAGCAAUGAAUGUGAAAAAGCCCAGAAGGGCAGAAGUCAAUUAUUGUCCACCGCAUCCAAAAGGAGAAACUGAUGAGAGUCUGGAAAAGGAGAGAAUUUCCCUGCUUUCAGAGAUUACAAAGAGAAACAAUGACCAUAUAGUGACUGAGAAAAUGGACACGACUUUCUCAUACCGAAGGCAAGAGGUUCUUCAAGGACAGCCCUUGGUUGCAGACUUCAAAAGCAGAUGGCCAGCUCUGUUCAGUGGGAAAGAGAUUGAUAAGGAGUUCCUGCGCAUCUCAACUGUACCUCUAAUAUCUACAUUCUUUGCUGAGCUGGACCAGUACUCGCCACGCUUGAUGGCGAUCUUUCAAAAAAAAGGUGGGGUGGCUGGAAGAAAAAUAAGACAGAUCAUGGUGGCCAUCUCAAAGGAUGACACGAUACAUACAAGACGAGCAUGCAUCCUCAAGUCCUUGUGCAUCUACUUGAACGAAGACCACGAGAAACUUGUGAAGGAGUACUUGGCCACAGACAACGAGGCCAAAACUACCAUGGAGCAAACAGUGAUGGGAGUCUACGUCAUUGAGAAGGAGGGUGCUGAACCUGGAGAUGACCCAGAGGAUGUUGGUGUACUGGUUGAAGGUGUGGAGGUCCUCCAUGGCUUGGGGAGCAUUGCAAUGGCUUGUGCACUCUUAUUUGGACUCAUAUACUGUUUGAACCUGAGCUACCCACCAGAGCUCAAGUGCACUUUUGAGGUCCUGCAGAAGAUUCUGCUGAAGCUAGAUGGCCAGAGGUUGUCCUCAAAGGCACAAUUUCUGAAAAACAAGCUUCUGGAGUGAUUCAAGGCUGAGAAAGUCGUAAAAAGACAGAAGGAAUGCACAUAUCUUGAUUUAAUGCAGAUUAUUUUAGUUGCAAGUUCAUUCUACAUGCUUCUUUGUUAAAACAUUUUGAAUGUGCACCAGGACAAUUUUAUUUACAAAUAUUUUUUAUUUUUAUCAAAACAUAGUGAAAAGAUUGUGAGAAAUAUUACAGUAAUCUUUCACUACUUCUGAUUUAUUUUGCUGCAAUGCACAAGCAGAUUUUCUUUGGUUUUAACUCUAAUAAUUCACUGUUUAAAAGUGUUGAAAAAACAGCAGUUUUUUAGCAGUCCUGCUUGGCUUUAAAAUGGAGCUAACUGCUAACAUUAACAGAGGUUGCAUUGAGUUACAUUAUUAUGCGUUCAAGUAGUAAAAAUGAGUAUUGGGCGAAGGUAAAUGAUAACAUCAAGAUGUGUUAAAAUGUAAUCUUUUAUUCAUUUUUGUAGAGAAAUUUGAAUACAUACAACUCAGUUGUUGCACUCAUGCUAGUUAUAGUCAGGCACCUUCUUUUGUAAGGCUGCUGACAAGCAUUUUGCUCUUUGCUCAACGCAUUAUGUUUCCGGGCAAAAUUGUGACGUAUGUUGAGUUUUACUUUAAUCACUGCUGCUUGUUGCUACGUCAUCUACAGCUUUCAUCUCAUUGGUUGCGCUUCAAAAGGUCAGCGGAAACGGGGUCAAAGCUGAAAUAAUUUGAACUUUGAGCGCAGCGCUCAGUGGUGAUCAUGUGAAAGCAGCUGAAAAUGUGUUUUUAAUGUAACAUAUUGUUGUUCCAAAGUCUGUUUCAUUGGACUUAGAAUAAAAUGUUAAAAUUG